AAGCGUUUCAGUCAGAUCUUGGCCAGCCACCGAGAGACAACCCAUAACCAUCACCACAACACACACGCAAAACAGUAACACCCACCCCACCUGGUACGGUGUAGAGCGGAUUAGGCGAUAAGGCGGCCAUAAACAUAAGGCGAUCUGAGAUCUGGUCUGGUUACGUAAACAGAAGAACGAAAGAGUAUGGAGGUGCCACCGCCACUUGUGCUCAAGCGACCGCUCUAUGUGCCCAGCAAGACGCUGAUGGGCCCCGGACCCUCCAACUGCUCCCAUCGCGUCCUGGAGGCCAUGAGCAAUCCGGUGCUGGGCCACAUGCAUCCCGAGUGCCUGCAGAUCAUGGACGAGGUGAAGGAGGGCAUCAAGUACAUCUUCCAGACCCUCAACGAUGCCACCAUGUGCAUCAGUGGAGCCGGCCACUCGGGCAUGGAGGCCGCCCUGUGCAAUCUGAUCGAGGAUGGCGAUGUGGUGCUCAUGGGCAUCACCGGCGUUUGGGGCCAUCGUGCCGGUGACAUGGCCCGUCGUUAUGGCGCCGUAGUUCACUAUGUGGAGGCCAGUUUCGGCCGUGCCCUCUCGCACGAGGAGAUCACAUUCGCCUUCGAGGCGCAUCGCCCCAAGGUGUUCUUCAUAGCCCAGGGUGACUCCUCCACCGGAAUUAUCCAGCAGAAUAUCCGCGAGCUGGGCGAACUGUGUCGCAAGUACGAUUGUUUCCUCAUCGUGGACACGGUGGCCUCGUUGGGCGGCACCGAGUUCCUCAUGGACGAGUGGAAGGUGGAUGUGGCGUACACGGGUUCCCAGAAAUCCCUCGGCGGUCCCGCCGGCCUCACACCCAUUUCGUUCAGUAAACGCGCUUUAACGCGCAUCCGAAAGCGAAAGAGCAAGCCGAAGGUGUACUACUUCGACAUUCUGCUGAUUGGUCAGUACUGGGGCUGCUACGGCACACCCAGAAUCUACCAUCACACCAUAUCCUCCACCCUGCUGUACGGACUGCGUGAGGCACUGGCCCACUUUUGUGCCGUUGGCCUGAAGGCGGUGGUGCGACGGCAUCAGGAGUGCUCCAAGCGGUUGCAGCUGGGCAUCGAGGAGCUGGGCCUGGAGAUGUUCGUGUCGCGGGAGGACGAGCGUCUGCCCACGGUAAACACGAUUAAGGUGCCCUUCGGCGUCGACUGGAAGAAGGUGGCCGAGUACGCCAUGCGCAAGUACAGCGUUGAGAUUAGCGGCGGUUUGGGACCCACUGUGGAGCACGUCUUCCGCAUCGGCUUGAUGGGCGAGAACGCCACCGUGGAGCGCGUGGACAUGGUGCUCAGCAUCCUGAACGAGGCCAUCCAGAGCAGCAAGCUGGGGAUCAAGACGGAUCUCUCUAAAAUUUAGUAAUCGUAACCUUGCCAUCAAUAGAUCUAAAAUAAAAACAAUCUUGGAAAACUAAA